AUGACGCCAACAGCGCGACCGUCCGCACCCUCGACGGGCUCCCAAGGCCCACCACCGACUCAGCGCAAUGAUGCACUCCUUCAACCUGGUGGGGGCAAGGAUGGACGCUCCAUGUCCGCCGCCACGAGCUUCUCGACGGUCAAGGGCAGCAUGUAUGGCAGGUCAGCUGGGCCGCCGGGAAGCUUUGCCUCGAACGUCACGACCUUGCCAUACUCGAGGACGGGCGACCUUUCACGACUCGAUGUGAGCAAUUACACAAGCUACAACGAUGGCAGUGACUCUACUUCAUCCGAGCAGCGGCAGGCGGACUACCGGAGUCGGAUUGACAAGGAGACGAAGAUCAAGAUUGGCACGGAGAAUCUGCUAGAGGCGCUCAAUUCGAAGAAGGAGAAGCAGGCGCGGGAGCAGCGAAAGGUGGUGGAGAGUGAGCUGAAUACUUCGAACCGCAAGAUCGCGCAGCUGAAGUUGGACUUGGAGGCUGAGAUACGCCGGGCGAGGGAGCAGCAGCCAUUGAGUCCCAAAGCGAGGCUGUCGCAGCUAUUCCGGUCGGCGCCAGCGCGGGCACCAGAGGGGUUAGGAGUGCAGCUGGGUGAUGUUGCUGAACGGCAACAGGAUCCGGAGCUGGAGAGUCCGACGUACAUCCUUGCGGAGAUUCUUCAGGCACUGGAGGUUGAGGACUUGCGGCCUGACUAUUACGUCGGGCAGGCGAAUGAUCUUGUCGAACUGUUCAGACGGCACUCGAAUCUGAAGUACGAUCUGGCGUGGUCCAUUUUUGGACUGCGGAUGCAGAUGCUUCUGCUGAGCGACAGCAGAGAAGUGGUCGCGGCCGGGUAUCGAGUUAUGAGGUAUGCGAUUACGGAUCGCAAAUCGUUACAAACAAUUCGAGCGCUACAAACGGACUACCUGGUCAUUCUGUCACUGGUAAAAGAGGGCAAAGCAAGAGUCGAGCGAGAGCAAGCAUUGAAGUUCAUCCGGGCCUUUCUGGACGUCAAGGACGGCUGCUCUGAGAUCCACCCAGCGGUCGUUCGAGUAAUUGUAGCAGUCGCUGACCACUCAGAUGACUCGCUGAGAAGUAUUGCUAUCUUGACCCUUGCAGAGAUGCUGCUGAAAGACGCACAGCUCGUCAUUAAUGCUGGCGGGGUCAGUGUGCUCGCCGAUGCAAUGGGUAGCGGCGUCUAUCAUGCUCCCGAGGCAUUGAUCCAUCCGCUUCUGCACCUGAUGGACCUACCGGCACGGCGAAGUAUGUUGAGAUCUGGCUUCGAGUUCAGCUCUGCGUUUGCCACUUUCACCGAACCACAUGGCAGCCACUUUGAGGAACGACUCCAGGCCAGCUCGAGAGUCAUUGCCGCCAUGUUCAAGUCUUGGCCGGGCUUGAUGACGCUGAGCCUACAUGAUUUCCUGCCGGUGCGGUCAGUGGUAUCAUCGCUGUUCAUUUCUCACGAAUCUGUCCGGGCAGCUACCCUGGGUCUUCUCAUCGAUAUCUUGCGCAUAAAGUCGCCGUCUUGGUCAGCCACUUUCAUCGGCGGCAGAAGAUUGACUACGUACAAUAGAGUGGGCAAUCUCAAGCUGGACCACCUGGAAUCUGAAAAGCAUCAGCCCGAGGCUCAGAACGAUGAGCAGAAGCGGAACCUGGUUGAGCACUUCACAGCCGUUGCCUUGGCGGUCUUGCUCCGCCAUGGUUUGUUGAAAGGCCUGAUGUAUGCUGAAAGUGACUCGCCAACUCAAGGGCUGAAACGGCAGACGACACUGCUUAUUGCUGAAGUACUACGAAUGUCAUCCGAGCUGCUGCCGACGAACUGGAGUCAAGGCUUGCAGGCCAUGCCCGGCUUGCUGGACGCUGCAACACGCUUUGGACAAGAAGAGCGGUUCCAAGCGCUGGCAACCGUGUACCAGGUCGACAGCAUCAAUCGCACCCUAUACAGAUCUCUCAACGGCCAGGCAAGCACCACGCAGACACCACCACCUUUUGGCGACGACGGCAGCACAGCGCGAGCUCGCGCCACGAGUAAGACUCAAGUCAACGCCACUAUGGACGCAGCCCUCUUCAAGCAGAAGAUGACGGACACAGGAGUCCUGGCCGGUGUCAACUUCCUUAAGUGGGAUUGGCCACUGAUCCAGGAGCUGGUUGAAGGUCCAAUGGUGAACCCACAGCGUUUCUUGGAGGCUUUGAAGCAAGAGAAGUUCAUCCAUCGUCUGCUUGGCUUUCUUCGACCGUUCAAGUUCCGCUUCUCUCACGAGGCGAACACGAAAUCGAAUCAGCGGUAUGUCCGGACCGCCUGCAGUCUUGUCAAAUGCAUGCUUCAGCAUCAGGAGGGAUAUCAGUACCUGUCCAGUUCGAAGGUCAUGCCUCAGCUUGCAGAGUGCCUUGCUCAGCUUGAUCCAGCGAGUGGUAUCACAUCGCAGACCAAUAUCUUCGACCCGCAAAAGCUAUCAGAAAAGCUUGUAGGUGGCUACUUCACCAUGCUCGGUGUCAUGUGCCGCGACCAACGAGGCAUCCACAUCCUGAUCCGAUGGAGGAUCAUCAACAUGUUCUACCACAUCGUCGAGCUUAAAGAUCGGGAUGAUCUAAUCAGGGCGCUGCUGACGAAUCUGGACUACACUCUUGACUCGCACCCACGCAUCAUCGUGUCCAAGGCGAUGAUUGCGGGUAGCAAAGUGAUGCGCAUCACGGCCACACGCAUGUUGCGGAAGUAUGCUCUCAUGCCAAUACAGACCCAGACGGUCGUUGGAGGCGGAGCUGCGGAGUGGUCGAUUCGACUUUUGGUGGGCCAGCUGUACGAUCCAGAGAUCGAGGUUUGCGAGGUUGCGAUCAAGAUCUUGGAGGAAGCUUGUAAUAGCUUGACCUCGCUGGAGUAUGUGGUCAAAUGCCGGCCUGCGCUCGACCAUCUCGGCGAGAUUGGUGCACCGCUGCUGCUCAGGUUCUUGAGCACGAGUGUGGGAUACCAUUAUCUCGACGGCCUGGACUACAUCACUAAGGAGAUGGACGAUUGGUUUUUGGGCAGAAACGACACCUACGUCACGCUUGUCGAAGCAUCUCUCGCAAGAGCCCUGGCCACGGACGUUCCUACUGAGAAGCCAAUCAGUGGCGGCUUGAACGACGAUCAGCUGGAGCCGACUUCGUACUACAGCAGUGUACCGCCGCACUUCUACCGCGAGCUCACCCGGACAGCCGAGGGCUGCGAGCUGCUCAAGGCGAAACGACACUUCGAAGAAUUCGCCGCCACGAUCCAGGACUUCGCUAUGGAGGAUGAAGACCCGGAAACCAUCCUCAAAGUCAAAGGCUGCCUCUGGGCCGUCGGCAAUGUCGGCUCCAUGGAACUCGGCGCCCCCUUCCUCGAACAAACAGACGUGAUCAAGUACAUCGUCCUCGUCGCCGAAGAAUCCCAAGUCAUGACCCUCCGCGGCACGGCCUUCUUCGUCCUCGGCCUCAUCUCCCGCAGCCUCCAUGGGCAAGAAAUCCUCGCCGACUACGGCUGGGACGGCACCAUCAACGUCAUGGGCGAAGGCCUGGGCUACACCCUCCCGCUCGACUUCAACAAACUCUUCUCCCUCCGCCCCUUCGCGCAAGCCGGCAAAGACCGCCGCACCUCCCUCAUCCGCACCCGACCCGCCGGCACCGUCACGGACGCCGACCCCACGAAUGCGGGCAUCCUGGCGUCCAUCGUCAAGCUCGGUAACACGGUGCUGACGAACAAGGCGCUAGCGGAGCUGAGCGCUUUCAAGCAUAAGAAGGUGCCUGGGUUCCGGUCGGUGCGGCUGUUCAAGAAGGCGAUGUUGGUGCUGGCGGGGCAUGGGUAUGGGAUUCCGCAGUGGAGGUUUGUGAUUGAUCUGUUUGAGAAGGAGGUGUUAAGGAAGAUUGUGCUGGAGGAGGAGGAGAGUGACGACGAGGAGAGUGAGGGGAGUGAGGAUGAGGCGGGAGGGAUGGAGAGGACGAGGAGUGGGACUUGA